AUGGAGCCCACGCAGCAGCAGCAGGCCGAGCCCACGGAGCAGCCACCAUCGACGGCCAAGGCCGACAAGCUCGCCGAGUUCAAGGCCGUCUUCCGCGAGUACCUCCUGCACACGCAGGUCGUGCCCGAGGCUGAGGCCGACGCCAUGAUGGCCAUCUUGGAAGCGCCGCUGCCCGUGUGCUUUCGCCUCAACUAUGACGGCCUCGAGUCGGAGCGGUUGAAGUCGCUCUUCGGCGAAACCUUCCAGUUUGAUGCCACCAAGUACAGCCACAACGACGUGCCCAUCCACCCGCCUCGUCCGAUUGCGUGGUAUCCGCAGGAAAAGACGGCGUGGCAGGUCGACUGCGGCCGCAGCGCCUUCUCCAAGUCGGCGCAUCAAUUUGAGGAAGUGCGCGACUUCCACGCGACGCUGCUCAAGCACACGGAGUACGGCAACAUUGACCGUCAAGAGGCUGUGAGCAUGCUUCCGGUGCUCCUCCUCGGCGUGCAGCCUGGCCACCGCAUCCUCGACAUGUGCGCGUCGCCCGGCUCCAAGACGACGCAGAUCAUCGACUUGCUCCAGAACCAAGCCGGCAUGGUCGUCGCCAACGACAUGAACAAGAAGCGCGCCUACAUGCUCGUGCACCGCCUCUCGCGCAACACGCUGCAGUCGGCCGUCGUCACGUGCACGCCCGGCCAGGACUUUCCGGGUCUCUAUGACACCAACGGAGUUCUUCAACGCACCAACGUCUUUGACCGCGUCCUCUGCGACGUGCCCUGCAGCGGCGACGGCACCUUGCGCAAGAACCAGGGACUGUGGAAGGACUGGCACAUUGGCCAAGGCCUCACGCUCUUCCCGACGCAGCUCGCGCUCGCGCUCCGGGGCGCCUCGCUCCUCAAGGUCGGCGGCACCAUGGUCUACUCGACGUGUUCGUUCAACCCGAUCGAAGAUGAGGCGAUCGUCGCCGAGCUCUUGCGCCGCGCGGACGGCGCACUCGAGGUCGUCGACGCGUCGGGGACGCUCCCGGGCCUCGCGUACCGCCCGGGCCGCAACAAGUGGCAGGUCGGGUGGCGGUCCAAGUCGCGCGCGACGGCCAAGGGCCACAUCAUCAACAAGGUGCUUGUCGGCGACCAAGAGCAGCUCCACCAGUGGUUUGACACGUACGAGGACGUCCCGUUCCAGCUCCAAGCCGACCGGAUUCUGCGCGCAAUGUUCCCGCCCACGAGCGAAGACAUGCUUGCGUCGCUGCGCCGCUGCAUGCGCCUCGUGCCCACGGACCAGGACUCGGGCGGCUUUUUCAUCGCGGUGCUGCGCAAGGUGCGCGAGCUGCCGGGCGAGAACCAAACGGGCUUGGCGCCGCUCGAUGAAAUCGAGAAUGGCAAGCCGCCCGCGGGCUACACGUGCAAGAUCUGCGGCAUCCAAGACGACCAUUACAUGAAGAGCUGCGCGCGCUACGAGAUCAAGGAACCGUCGGACGAACCGGUCGCCAAGAAGCCCCGCGUCGAGCACAAGAUCCCGAAGGAGGCUCCGUACCGCCGGAUUCCCGACGACGUGUGGGACACGAUCCAAGCGUACUAUGAGAUCACGGACGCGUCGCUCAAGAACUACUUGUGGUGCCGCGCCGACUCGGGCGCCAACCUCAGCUACGUCGAGGACGGCAUUGCUGCGUCGUGCUUGGCCGGGGACGCCAUCCACAUUGUCAACACGGGUCUCAAGAUCUUCACCAAGGCCAGCAUCGGCAAGGGCACGUACUACCGCCCAACGACGGAGGGUCUCGCGGUGCUCCGCCCGUACAUGAACGCACGUCUCCUCGCCUUCUCGGCGCGCGACCUCAAGCUCUUGAUCGAAAGCGAAGUCGCGGUUCAGUUUACGGCGCUGGAAGACGUGGCCGCGCACCCCUCGACGUCCGACCUGGCCAACCUCCCGCUCGGGCCCGCGGUCGCCGUGCUUCUCCCGGUGGCCGGCAUGGACGACAAGGUGUUCAAGAUCCUCCGCGACAAGCUCCUCCACAACCUCUGGAUCGGCAAGGGCGCGUUCCUUCCGCGCCUCGCCAAGACGGUCCGCGACGAACUCAAGGAGCUCAUGACCACGUACUUGAACUAA